AUGGCAACCGAUGACUCCAAGAUGUAUCAUACGGCAGGGCAUUGCGGUCGAGGCUCUGCAGAGCCGGUGCCAUCUACACUUGCAGCGCAACUGGCACCGCGUCUCUCAUCGCAGGGAACACAGGCACACAACCUGAGCAGAGAAACCUUUUCCCAGCUCCGACAAGAACUUGUUGGGGGUGAAUACAAUCAGCUACGCCUUGAUGAUAGCAUUACCGAUGUCAGCAAAUUAAUCUGCAUUGUUUUGAAAGCAGGCCUAGCACCGUCUACCCAGAAUGAGGACCCUCAAGGCCAAAUCCUGGACUGCCUGGACAUUAUUCAGACUAUAGUUGAGAAAGCCCCCCAGAUGUUGACAGUAAAUCCCGACUUCCUAUUCCUUGGGGAAAAGACGUCUGCGCCCUUGUAUUCUUGGCUGGUGGUACGACUGCUUCGCCUGCUUUGUGACUGGGAGAAUGAAAGCAUGAGCCAACGGAUCGGUGCCAUAUUCUCAACCCUCAGUUUCGCUCAAUACAGACAUACGAGGGUAUUGUUUUCUCACUCGGUUUUGGGGCUUCUGCGAGCUUGCACAACCGAGAUACUCUCCUGCCUUGAAAGUUUAGAUCACUAUGAGCUGCAAAGCCAUUCCGCAAUCGAAUUAACCGUGCCCGUCGCCGGCGGGCGGCUUUUUGUAGAUUUAAACAGCCUUGGUCUCCCUCACGCCAUUUUCGAUAGAAAACUCAAGCUUGGGUCAACCUCAAAUGCCAUAAAUCUUGUUUUCCAUUUGCUCGACUGCUUGAUACCAGAUCAUUCCAAGAACCCACUCUGGAAAUCCAAGACUACCACCGGCUUUAUUCGACACAAUCUAGCCUGGGUUCUGAACGGUUAUCAGCGAUUGUGGAGUUUUAGCUUUCGUUGGCUCCAGAGCGCCGACUUAGACGGGUUCGAGAGCCAAGCACGCAUCUGUCUACAAAUCUUGAGCCACAUCGGGAGCCUCCAUGACUGUGGUGCGUUCUCAUUGCUGGAAACCCAGUGGGCAUACGGAACAAUUCAAAUAUUGGAUGAAGUAUUAGUUGUGGAACAUUUGAGUCAACUUCGAAUAUUACAUCCCGAGGCGGCGAUUGAAACUUUCACUGAGAACCUCACUGGCGCCAAUGUUCUGCACGAUCAUUCUAAUCCUUCUGUAUCAAAACCUCGCAACGCAGAUACGCUUGAGUUGGCAAGGCUCGCCCAAUGUCGGGAAUCCAACAGAGGGCAAAUCCAUGAGAUCAACCAGGCAUCGAGUCGCAUCCUUAAGCCACGGCUUUUAAAAGAACUCAACAGCCAGGACUCGGCUCAAAGACUAAUCCAAGACUGCCUAGCAUUGCUCGAAUGCGGCAAACCUGGGAACCUGAAAGAGCUUCGCCAGGUUAUACUACUUUCCGGCGACGAAGAAAUGAACAUCAUAUUACUUCGUUUAUUGGAAUAUCUAGGACAUCCGAACCUAUUCAUCUGCGCAAUUGCAUACACUGAACUUUCGAAACUUGCCCAACAAUUAUCGCUUACCCCUGCUGGUCUUUUUCGGCCUUUCUGGGGAACACUUUCUGUCGCAGUGGUGAAGCAUUUUCAAUCUCGCCCAUACAUGGCAGAACAGCUUUGCAGUCUAUUGGGGAUGAAAGUAGACGACUUCCUUAGGUUGACAGAAGCUCAUGUGUUGCCUUAUUUGGUGCUUACACGGAAACGAGAUUUCAUUGCCAGGAUAGGAGCAACUUACCAGGACAUUAAAACACCCUUCGAUAUUUGUUCCGAGAAAGCUAAUCUGGCAGCAAUACUUGCUUUCUUAUUGAGUCAGCCUUCGUCGGAUCCGGAGCACAUGAUCAUGUCUACUCUCUCUGAGAUAGACAAUGCUUUUGAGUGUCGCACCCUUGCCGAACUAGUAAGAAUCGAGCCGAUUUUGAUUGCUUGCGAUUUGUUGAAAGGCCUUGGUGACUCCGGUGAUGAUAAAGGUGCCAGGUUUCAUAGAGCUCUUCAUCUUCUGGCAGCACUUGUUCCACGAAAGUCUAGUCAUGGACCAAAAAAGGUGGACUUAAUUGGCCACUUUAUUGAGGAGCACGUGCUUGGAAUAAUUACCCAAUUCGCUCAUGUCAUCAAUGAUUUCCAAAUCCGACAGCCUCUGCUUGAGAAGAAACGAAAUAUCAUGGCCAUAGGCGCGAUGGUGAAAGUGGCCGGGGGGCAUGUGGGUAGUGCAUUGCCACAGAUAUGCGCCUGCCUGCGAUCUGCCCUCGACAUUGAAGACUUAUGCAAUCAUGCUGUCACUGUUUGGAGCGUAUUGAUCAAUUCCUUGAACGAAGAAGAAGUCGAACCUUUGAUUGACCAAACCCUGUCAAUUGUGAUAAGGUACUGGGACAAUUUCACGGAAACGACCAAGGAAUGUGCCUAUAACCUCGUGAAGUUCAUCUUGAAACACCACAACAAACUAGUGGAGGAUGUUUAUCAGACCAUGCCCUCACUGGCUUCGAUCCCGAUGAUGUCUGAGUUCGAAAACGAGAUGAAUAAUUUGAAAGGGCGGAUGGAUACUCGGAGUCAGCUUUUAGCAUUCAUUCGUCGUUGUCAAAGUGAGAAUGCUACGGUAGUUGAGCAGGCAUUGACGGAGUUGGUGCCAUACCUCUCGAAGCAUGAUGAGUUUCUUCAUCGAACCGUUCUCAGCGAACAGCCAGAUCCGGUUGUUGGACAGUUAAUGCGAGUCUUACUUGACUGCUGUGUCAAAUUCAAUAUGAACUCAGACAUCAUAACACUCAUGUCAGCUCGAUGUCUAGGUCUUGUUGGUUGCUUAGAUGCUAACCGAGUGGACUCGAUCAAAGAAAAAAAAGAUAUUCUUGUCUUGUCAAACUUCGAAAACAUGGAAGAGACCUUUGACUUUAUCCUUUUCUUCCUUCAACAUGUGUUAGUUGAAACAUUCUUGUCGGCCUCCAACACUAGGGCUCAAGGAUUUCUUGCGUAUGCUAUGCAAGGGCUGCUAAGGUUUUGCAGUCUCGACUCGGCCGUUACCCAACGCUCUCGUGAUGUUCAAGCGGAUGAAAAGUAUGGACGUUGGCUGAAACUCCCCGAAACUGUUCGCAACACUCUUACCCCUUUUCUCACAUCGAAAUAUACUGUGACCGUUGGCGCCAUCGGUUCAAAUUGCAGAUACCCUUUAUUCUCGGCGAGCAUGACGCAUGGAGAUUGGCUGCGAGCUUUUGUGCAAGAUUUAUUACAGAAAGGAAGUGGUGAUAAUGCACGGCUCAUAUUUAGCGUAUGCAGCCGUGUUGUAAAGGGCCAAGAUAUCUCGAUCGCCUCCUUCCUUCUACCAUUUGCGGUUCUGAAUCGCGUGGUGGGCGGGACUAUGCGAGAGCAGCAAGAUUUGCUAAAUGAGCUCAUAAACGUGCUAUCUCACCCCCUUUCAGAUGCGAACAAUCUUGUUUCCGAAGCGGUGUUGCUAUCCAGUCAGAGUGUUUUUGAAGUACUUGAUUAUCUUUCAAGAUGGCUGCAAGGGAAAAAGAAGCAGAUCAAUAGCCUAAACAACCAUGGACAUCAUGUCGGUCGCAACCACAAGGGCGCUUCCCGUGAUUUGCUUUUGGACACUUAUUCGUCUCAACUAAAAUCGGUUGAAUCCCUGCUGGCGUCGAUGCCGCCCGAAAUAAUCUCUAAAAGAGCUGUUGAGUGCAAAUCUUUCUCGAGAGCACUCUUCCAUUGGGAACAAUACAUCCGCCAGUCCAAAGCCUAUCCGAACAAGAAUCCUAGAGUUAACGAGGAACCUUUAUAUCAGCGCCUUCAGGAAAUCUACAGUCAGAUCGACGAGCCAGAUGGUAUCGAGGGUAUUUCUACUCAUUUACAUGUACUAAACAUUGACCAGCAGGUUCUCGAACACCGCAAGGCGGGGAGAUGGGCUACGGCCCAAAACUGGUACGAGUUACAACUUGAGGAGGAGCCCGAUAAUAGUGAUGCUCAAUGGAAUCUACUCACGUGCCUUAAAGAGUCUGGGCAACAAGAAGCAAUACUCACUAGGUUCGAAAUUCUAAAGUCAACACCCUCUGCUACCAAGUUACUUCCGUUUGCUGUGGAAGCGGCCUGGAUUACGGGGAAAUGGGACAAGCUACACGAUUAUCUUCAAAUUUCCUCGCAUCAGGGCACCGGGGAGUUCAAUAUUGGGAUUGGCUCGGCAUUCAAUGCUUUUCGCCAUGGAGACACAGGGGAAUUCGAAACAAUCAUCAAUAACUUACGCUUCCAUGUCGCGAAGUCGUUAACUGCUAAUUCCGUGACAUCAUUGCAGUCGUGCCACGAUAACCUUCUCAAGUUACAUGCUUUGGCAGAAGUAGAGUCCAUAACAAAUCCCCAGACCGAAAAUAGUGCUGUGCGCUCAGAAUUGUGUAAUGCUUUAGACCGCCGCUUGAACGCUUUAGGGGGGCAUAUCUCUGACAAACAGUACCUCCUUGGUCUAAGGAGGGCUGCAAUGGCGUUGACUGGCAAAUUCUCCGAUUUUAGCAUAGCUGCUGCUUGGCUUGCCAGCACACGCCUGUUACGGAAGGGUAACUUCACCAAUCGAGCGUAUCAGUCCAUGCUUCACGCAGCACGUCUAGGAGAUAAAACGGCCACCAUUGAACAUGCUCGAUUGCUUUGGAAAGAUGGUCAUCACCGAAAAGCAAUACAGACUCUGGAGAGCGCAAUAACUGCCAAUGAGUUUUCUCUCGACAGAUCCUGUCCGGUCGACCUUGAUUCGGCUCGGACUGCUUUAGAUCGGGAGAAGAGUCAUGAUUUACUCACAGCCAGAGCUCACCUUUUAUUGGCCAAAUGGACGGACCGAGCUGGACAGACACAAUCAGACAUCAUAGUUCAGAGAUAUCGCGAAGCCAUUAAACUCCAUCCAAGGUGGGAAAAGGCUCAUUAUUAUCUGGGGAAACAUUACAACAAGAUUCUGGAAUCUGAAAAAGCAAAGCCUCUUGGGAAAGAGGCACAGAUUUUCUUGAGUGGUGAAGCCUCAAAGCUCGUCAUUGAUAAUUAUCUCCGCUCCUUAGCUCACGGGAACAAAUAUGUCUUUCAGUCGCUGCCCAGGAUCCUGACACUUUGGCUAGAGCAUGCCUCCACUGCAGAUCAGCCUUUCGACCCCAAAAGAGGAAAUAACGAGGAAUUUCAGAUACACACCUUGAAUCAACGAAAGAAGAGCCUUGAUGAUAUGCAUUCACAGCUGAAGAAGUACGUCAAUCGAAUGCCAGCUGCAUUGGAAGUGAACAAGAAGCUCAAAGCAGAUUCGCCUUCUGAUAUGCGGGGCAUGAUUAACCAAGGUCAAAAGUUCUCGGAAGAGAUGCUUAGGUUAUGUAUAGUGCGGAUUGAGGAUAAAUCGUCCAGGGUCAACCUGGCACGGAAUUUGGGCUUCAACCACAAAGUGGCUCCCUGUCGACUAGUCGUGCCAUUUCAAGCAAUGUUGACACCAACCUUACCUGCCAGUCAUGACUCCGAGUAUUUGAAGGGGUUUAGAGCCUUCCCCAGAGACCCGACCACCAUCGAGACCGUCCUUAGCGAUGCGCAGGUCCUGAACUCUCUCCAAAAACCUCGGAAGAUCAGCAUUCGUGGGUCUGACGGAAAGAUUUACAACAUCUUAUGUAAACCAAAAGAUGAUCUUCGUAAAGACCAGCGCCUCAUGGAAUUCAACAACAUGAUUAAUAGGUUUCUGAAAAGAGAUGUUGAGUCGAGCAAGCGACGCAUGUACAUUAAAACUUAUGCUGUUACGCCCCUGAACGAAGAAUGCGGACUCAUUGAAUGGGUGGACAACCUCAGGACCCUGAGAGACCUAGUCAUUAAACUGCUGCGAGAAAGAGGUGUCACACCGAACUACAACGAAAUUAGACACUAUCUCAACGAAGCAUGUUCCGAAAGCAAGAAGCUUCCUCUUUUCAAAACGGAAAUUUUAUCGAAGUUUCCACCGGUCUUACAUGAGUGGUUUGUAGAGAUGUUUCCAGAAUCAGUGGCGUGGUUUGCAGCAAGGCUUCGCUACACUCGAUCCUGUGCUGUCAUGUCCAUGGUUGGAUACGUUUUAGGACUCGGAGACCGCCAUGGUGAAAACAUCUUGUUUGAAGAAGGAACAGGUGGUAUCAUCCAUGUUGAUUUCAAUUGUCUUUUUGACAAGCGUCGUACCCAUGCGAGAGUCCCGGACUCUCCUUCUGGCGUUCUGGAAAAUGUUCGGAAUAAGCUGCGCGGUCUACUGCCCGGGGAAUCUGUUCCGUUGUCAGUAGAUGGUCAUGUCGAUGAGCUGAUUACGGAGGCCACAGACGAGAGGAAUCUCGCCGCGAUUCCCGACUCCAAUCCCGAGUUCGGCUUGGAGUUCGGCUUAAACUUCGAGAAGUUGGUCGCGAUGGGGACGGAGAACGGGACAAACUCCUUGGUCGACGAUGACCGUUGCGGCGAUCAGAAGGUUGCUCAUAAGAUGGGCUUCGGCUUCCUCUGUUUCUUGGUUCGGAACGAGGGGACAAUGAUCGUUUGGCAGAACCGCUCCGGUUAUGAUUCAUCGCGCGAGGUGAGCGAGUUGGCGAGCGCCCUCGUGAGGAAGCUGUAG